AUGAAGGCCACCAAACAUGAGGAUGCACCAGAGAGUGAAUGGAAGGAUUGGAAUUGGAAGUCAGAAGGAGACCUAAUGUUGAACGGAGCAUUUUUUACGGGGUCAGGCGCCAGAGACUCCUCGAGCUAUGCUAAGGCUUCAAGCUUGAGUGCAAGACCAUCUUCCCUAGUCGGUUCGAUUACCAUGGCUGCGGGUGCACUUAACUGCAGGAAGGGUUCUCCUUGCUGA